AUGGGUUUCCGGUCCUUAAUCCUAUUCAAUUCUCAACUUUGGGUUUUAGGGUGGCUAUAUAUAUCGGAUAUGGUGAUUGGAAGGGAAUGGAGAGGGAUAGUUGUUGGAGAUGGCUACUAUGGUAAAAAUUAUAGUGGUCGAAAUGGCUACUUUGGUAAGGGUUGUAGUUAUGCGGAUGAUUGCUCUAAUGAGGGUUAUAGUAGUAGAGAUAGCUAUUGUGAUGAAGUGGUGGACAUGGCUACUGUGGUGAGGGUUGGUAGUAUUCGAUCUUUGUUGGAGGUGGUGAAGUAUAAAUAUGGAGUUGAAAAGGAGAAGAUUGAGGAGGAGCUAUGGUUGUGA